AUGUCGUCUUCCACUAGCCUGUCUACUGCGCCAUCGGCCGAGUACACUGAGACAACAGAAUCCUCCCCUCCACAUCAGAGCAAUAGAGGUAGGAACAUUGAAUAUGCCCCAGGUUUGAUUCCUAAUGGGGGCGGAUUGUCUCCCCCUGUCAUCGGCUAUCACGCCCCCAAGGUCUCAACCCUCCUCCAAGGUGCCAUCAGGGAACCAACCGAUGUAACCAAGAAAAGAAAAACUAGAUCAUCGGCUGUGAGCACGUUGACUCUAGCUCCAAAGAAAAAGGCCAAGUCUAAGAAAACCAAGCCAACCGACGACCUGCCUGCUUUGGAUCCAUCCAUUGAACAAGCUCUGGAUGAAGAAGAUAUUGAGGAUGAUGUUGAUCAGGCUACAGCCGAAGUAAGCCAUGGAGGCGCAGAGCAUGCGAGGUGUAGUGGCAUACUGGUUGUUGUGUUUCCUAACUCCAAGUCAGAGCCGAAGGGGCUAUCUACUAAUGAAUUGCUGAAUACUCUGAGGGAACUCAGAGUUGACUCCAUUCUACUUGCUAGCUACUCGAAACUUAUACCUGUUGAGCUAGUUCAGGCGUAUCCGAGAUCUAUAUGGAAUAUCCACCCUUCAUUACUCCCUGCAUUUGGAGGCAAGGGUUAUUAUGGUUUAAAGGUGCAUAAAGCAGUCGUUGCAUCUAGAGCUAGAUACUCAGGUCCAACUGUGCACUUUGUGGAUGAGCACUAUGACAUAGGAAGGACUUUAGCCCAAAGAGUUGUGUCUAUGUUAGCAAAUGAUAUAUUAGAGCAAUUGGCUACAAGAGUCCUUCAUGAGGAGCAUCAAGUUUAUGUUGAUGUAGUUACUGCCUUGUGUGAUGACCGAAUUGUGUGGAGGGAAGAUGGUGUCCCAAUUAUUAGAAGCCGAACAAACCCGGAUGAGUACACCUAAGUACCUAAGUACGCAACCCAUGGUGCUACCUCAAGGUUUCCUGCACCCCAAGUAAUUAGGCUUUAAAUGUGGCUGCCAUUUUUUUUUACCAAGGCAUAGGGUCAAUCAUACUAAUUGAGAGAAAUAACAUAUCCCAUACUCUGACACAAAAACAAAUUACU